CGAUGUCGGACUGGGGUCCAAUUAUCGUGGCGUUGGUUCUUUUCGUGCUGCUAACGCCGGGGUUGUUGUUUCAAGUUCCCGGCCACCACAGGUGCGUAGAGUUCGGCAACUUUAAGACCAGUGGGGCUUCGAUUCUCGUACAUUCGUUGUUGUAUUUUGGGCUCAUUUGUGUGUUUUUGUUGGCUAUUAAGGUUCAUUUGUAUUUAGGCUGAUGAUAAAUGGUUGAUCCUAUCUCAUCUUUGGCUGUUUUAAGUUGUUUAUUUUUCUAAAUUAAAAUAAAAUUAGUAUUUCAUUUUUCAUUG